AUGUCUGGUGAUUGGCUGCGGAACAAUCUCGCUCGUCCGAUCGACGGAGCCUCGUUAGGGCUCUUUCGGAUUUUGUGGGGAUUACUGAUGGUCUGGGAGUCGAUCAGGAAGCUCCCCAAGGCCGAUGGCAUGUACUCGCCAACCUUCUUUCAUUUCAAGUAUGAGCACUUCUAUUUCGUCGAGCCGCUGCCUGAAAUCUGGAUGAUGCAGGCUGAGAUUACUUUGAUGUUGAUCGCAGCGAUCUUCGUGACGAUUGGCUGGUUUUACCGCCCUGCUGCGGCCGUGUUUCUAGUGGUCUUCACCCAUCUCUUUUUGAUCGAGAAGAUUUACUACAACAAUCACUUCUACCUGACGAUUCUUAUCGGCUUCCUGCUUAUGUUUUGUCAGGCCGACCGCUGCUUUCGGCUGCCGAUGUUCUGGAAGAAGCAGAAGAGCAGCGAACCAAGUGCGCAGCAGCAAGCAGCCCUCUUUCCGACACGGAUCUGGUUGUAUGAGCAGAAUCCCGGUUGGACGGAAGUGGGGCAAUGCUUCUCCUGGCGUAUGAUGCUGCGGACGAAAGAUGCCUUCAUGCAUCUGAAGUUUGAUCCACCUGAAGCGGAACGCUAUUUGGAGCAGCAUCCAGAAAUAUUGCCAGUGAUCAGCGAGGCACAUGUCUUACGCAUGUCGAAGAAUCCGCUGUUCAUUAAGCAAUAUGUCCAGAAGCUUGAUUCCAUUCUUGAGGCAGAAGGGAUCACUGACGUGGAGAUUCGCUGCAUCGGGGUCGCCUCGAUGAACGGUCGUCCCUACCAGUUCCUGGUUGAUCCAGAGGUCGAUCUGACACAGGUCUCUUCUGGACUAUGGGAAGUCCCCGACUGGAUUGUGCCGUUGGACAAACACCGCAAACCGGGACAGUACCCACAAAAUCCCGCUGAACGAAAGAAGAUGAUUGCCGGUGUUUAUCAGGACUACAUCGAGCAGCGCAAACCGGAUGUAGAAAAUAAAAAGCGAGUCAAGUAU